GUCUGCAGUCUACACUUGACAGAUCUGGUUGUACGUACGCGCCAAUGAGUUCUUCCGAUUUCCAAUUUCCGCUGAAAUUUGCAUGAUACCGAAGUCCUUUUUCCACCGCUCUAGUUUUACAAAAGGAACGCUAAAGGAUUUGUGAAAUGGCAGCACAAGACGUUGACGAUUUUCUAGAUGAUGAGCUGGUAAACCAAUAUAUUAUUUUUCCACCUGAAGUAAUUGCAGCGAUCGAUCUGGUCUUUCCUAGUCAAGACCCAUUAGAUAGAGCAGACUUCAAUCCAGUUGAUUACAUCAACAACUUGUUUCCAACUGAGCAAUCACUUUCCAAUAUUGAAGAAGUAAUUUCUGAUUUUCAAGGGAAGAUACACCAUUUGGAUUCAGACAUCAAGUCAUGUAUCAGAAGCCAAAGUGGAGUCUCCCAAGAUGGUGCAGCAGCUUUGGAAGAAGCCCAAAGAGCAAUAUGUCAGCUCUUUGCACGUAUAAAAGAUAUCAGAGCCAAAGCUGAAAAAUCUGAGCACACAGUUCGAGAAAUAACUAGAGACAUCAAACAGCUUGACAUAGCAAAGAGAAACUUAACAUCUGCAAUAACAACACUUAACCAUUUGCACUUCCUGGUCUUUGGAGUGGACCAAUUACAAUCUCUCUGUCAGAAGAGGCAGUAUUCUGAGAUUGCCAGUCUUUUGCAAGGCGUGAAUCGGGUAAUGGAACAUUUUACCCCCUAUUUAGAUAUUCCGCAAGUGAAACAACUGGCCGCUCAACUGGAACAAAUCGAGAAAAGUCUUGGCGACCAAAUUUCAAGCGAUUUUAAAGAAGCGUUCUCGGGCACUGGCCCGAAACAACCAUCCACACUCACCCAGCUUAGCGAGGCAUGCUCGGUGCUUAAUGUAAUCGAGCCUAGAUUCAAGCGCGAAAUCAUUCGUUGGUUCGUUUCCCUUCAGUUAGUCGAGUACAGUCAUCUGUUUCAAGAAUCGGAAGAAAACGCGUGGCUGGAUCGAAUCGACCGACGUUACGCUUGGGUAAAGCGUCAUCUUUUAAGCUUUGAGGAGCGGAUGGGACGAAUCUUUCCCGUCGAUUGGGAAAUGAGCGAACGGAUAGCCGUCGAAUUCUGUCUUCUCACAAGGAAUGAAUUGACAAGGAUAAUGGCUAAACGAGUGAACGAAAUCGAUGUUAAACUUCUUUUGUUCACGCUACAGAAAACUACCCAGUUUGAAGAACUUCUAUCACGAAGGUUUACAGGGGCAUCCAUGGAAGAGAUCGUAUCAUCUGAGACUUCGAGUAAGCAACUGGAAAAUACCAAUCCUUUUGAAGAACCACAUGGGAAGAAUCCCUUUGAAGAAGAUGAAGAACCUGAAAAAACAAUUCCAACUACCCAAACUCAACUCACGACCACCGAAUCACUCACGGCUUCGCCUUUCCAUGGACUAAUUAGCCGCUGCUUUGAAAACCAUUUAAAUAUCUUUGUUGAUAGUCAAGACAAAAACUUGGCCGAGUUGAUCGAUCGGUUUGUAGCAGACUUGAAAAUUCAAGGCUCUUCACUAGCCCAAGCAGAAAUCGAAGGUUGCUGUGUCCUACCUUCUUGUGCCGAUCUUUUUGUCUUCUACAAAAAAUGUCUCCUACAGUGUGCCCAAUUAAGUACAGGUCAACCUAUGCUUUCGUUGACAUCCGUGUUCAAGAAGUAUCUCAGAGAGUAUGCAACAAGAUUGCUUCAGUGUAACUUACCAAGAUCAAACAAUGCUAGUUCGAUAACGCCGGUUUUACCUAUGAGCAUGAGUAGCUUGACGAAAGAUUUCACCAGAGAAUUACGUGAUUUGAGUUCUGGUGGGGCUGCUGGAUUAAUUCAAAAUUUCCAGAGUUUGCUUAAGGAGGGGGACAUGUCCAGCACUUCACCUAAAUACAACAAAGACGAUAUUGCACGAAUUUGCACCAUAUUAACGACGGCGGAGUACUGCCUUGAAACCACACAACAACUCGAAGGAAAACUUAAAGAAAAAGUAAAACCUACUUUGGCUGACAAAGUUGAUCUCGGAUCCGAACAAGAUCUUUUUGGAAGUGUCAUCAGUCAGUGUAUUCAGCUGUUGGUGGCUGAUUUGGAAGGUGCCUGUGAACCGGCGCUCGUAACCAUGGCAAAGACGGCUUGGCAAACGUGGGAGAGCGUCGGCGAUCAAUCGCAGUAUGUAACGCUGAUGACAUCUCAGUUUAAACAUUAUAUUCCUUUCAUUCGCGAUUGUCUCACAUCUUCCCGAAAAUACUUUACGCAAUUUUGUAUGCGUUUCGUCAAUGCGUUUAUGGCCCGUUUUGUCCAACAACUUUAUAAGUGCAAACCAGUUGGCGUCGUUGGAGCGGAACAGUUACUGCUGGAUACGCACAUGCUCAAAACGGCUUUGCUUGAUUUGCCUUCUGUCGGAAGUCAGGUGGCGCGGAAACCACCGGCUAGCUAUUCCAAAAUGGUUGUCAAAGGAAUGACACGUGCAGAAAUGAUACUCAAAGUAGUUAUGGACGCCUCUGACACGAAUGCUAAAUAUGUUGCCCACUACAUGCGCCUGUUGCCAGAAUCAGACCCCUCUGAGUUUCAGAAAAUUCUCGAUAUGAAAGGAGUUCGUCGAUCUGAACAACAGGUACUAGUAGAAAUUUACCGUGCCCAACAAACAAGUCAAGAAAAUAAAGAAGACAGCUCUGGUUUCACCUCCGUUGUAACAAGUAAUAUGCAAGGGCUACCUCUUAGCCCGGACCAUGAAUCCAGUCGUAUAAAAAAACUCGAAAAGCUUAUAAAACGGCGCCUUUAAGUCCUAACUGCCGAUAAUUUUGGUUAUCGUUAAUACGGUAAAGUAUUUUUCGUCUAAAAACUGUAAGAUUUUUACCAUAGAGAUGAACUUACCAUUCUUGAUUGGAACCUGUUAAAAAACAUUGCAUCUGCCGGUACAUUUCAUUGAGACACAGAGUGCUCCUCUUGAUUGAUCGCGCACGUAUUCUGCUGUUUGGAAACGUUUUUAUUGUCUUGUUUGUAGAUCGCUCUGAAAUAGCACUAUUGAAAACAAACAAGUCGUCAAGCUAUUUUAGGAAGGCCUAUAUCUAGUUUUAAAACAACGGUUCGAGAAUAAAAAAAGCUCCUCACAGCCUAUUGU